CGGAACGGAAACCAGAGCAGAGCCGACAGAGGCAGGGGUGGGGGGGACAGGCAGAGAGACAGCGUGCAGCAGGAUGGGCGCUGCGCUCUACGAUGUGCAGUAACUGGGAUUAAACCGCCCAGACAGCGCUUGGAAACACUCGCAGCAGCAGGAGUAGUAGUGGUAGUAGUGGAGAGUAGGGGGAGCUCCGCCGCAUGUGCUCGUCUGUGUGCAGCCUGCAAGAACUUGCUUUGCUCCGUCCGCAGAGGAGAAAUCGACCCACCUCCACCCUCAAUGAAGAAAAGUAGCAGUCAUAAACAAAUACUGGCUCAUAUUUAAGCUCCGGGACUCGCAGUUGCAGCAACCCAAACCGACCUCUGACUCUCCUCUCACAUGCCAGCGGCGGUGUGGGAGAGAGAGAGAGAGGAGUGGAGCCGGGGGAUGUUUGAAUCACCUCGCUAAACUUGCAGAAAUACUACAAGGAAAAUAGAAGAAGUCUACGCUUGUUUUCCGUGGGGGGGGAAAAUUAAAGGAGAUCAGAGGGUGCCAUGGAGAGCCAAGCGGGCGAGCAGCACAGCCACGAGGACGUGCGGCGGAACGGAUACCUCCGCAAGCACAAGUCCAUGCACCGGCGGUACUUCGUGCUCCGCGCCGCCUCGGAGCGCGGUCCGGCCCGCCUGGAGUACUACGAGAGCGAGAAGAAAUUCCGCGGCAAGGCCCCCGUCCCAAAGAAAGUCGUGGCGCUGGAGACCUGCUUCAACAUAAACAAACGGGCCGACUCCAAGAACAAGUACAUGAUCGUGCUGUACACCCGCUCCGAGAGUUUCGCCGUGGCCGCGGAGAACGAGGCGGACCAGGACGAGUGGUACCAGGCCAUGGUUGAGCUGCAGUGUAAGAGUAAGAAUCCCUCUGAGGGCAGCACUUCAGGGGACUAUGGAGUGCCUAAUCCUGGACCUGCAUUCAAAGAGGUGUGGCAGGUGAAGGUAUGGCCCAAAGGCCUGGGUCAGGCCAAGAACCUGGUUGGCAUCUACCGCCUUUGCCUGACCGACAAGACGGUGAACUUUGUGAAGCUCAACUCUGAUGCCGCUGCGGUGGUGCUGCAGCUGAUGAACGUGAGGCGCUGCGGCCAUUCAGAAAACUUCUUCUUCGUGGAGGUGGGACGCUCUGCGGUGACAGGCCCAGGCGAGUUCUGGAUGCAGGUGGAUGAUUCAGUAGUUGCCCAGAACAUGCACGAAACCUUAUUAGAGGCCAUGAAGGCAUUGAGCGAGGAGUUUCGCCAACGCAGCAAGUCUCAGUCCAACUCCGGCCCUGGAGGAGGUGCUACUGCUUCUAAUCCCAUCAGUGUUCCCUCACGGCGCCACCAUCAAAACCCUCCUCCUAGCCAGGUUGGCUUCACCCGCCGGCCCCGAACCGAGCCUCCUGGAGGAGCUAACAGUGGCGCACCGGUCAACUGUGCCAAUGCUUCUCCCACGCCAAGGCAUAGCUUCCUGAGGUCUCGCACCGCAAGUGAUGGGGGGAAAGGGGAGGAUGGGACAGCAAGUGUCACACCAGUACAUGGCGUGAACUCCAGCCCCUCCACCAAUGGCUCCCGCUCCACUACCCCAAUCCUCAGAUCAAAAUCAGCUCGUUCAGCCCCCACCACAACUGCUAAAACUCCUCUAGGGUUGAUGCGCUCCAUCUCGACUCCAGCUCCUUCCCCAGCCCCAAGUCUCUCUUCUAGCUCUGGUCAUGGCUCUGAGUUUGGAGGUGUAGCAUCUUGUGCUGGUGCUGGUCCGGGAUCUGGAGCCUAUAGUCAUAUCCCCUCUCAUCGCGCCUCUGUCUCAGGCUCACCCAGUGACUAUGGUUCCUCAGACGAGUAUGAUUCUAGUCCUGGAGAUCACACGCUCUUGCCCUCUCCGAAUCUCCCUGCAAGCUCUGUUGGUAGUGUCAGCAGCCAGUCCCUCAGUGAGGAUGGAGCCAACUAUAUCCUAAUGCGCCAACGUUGUGGUAGUGGUGCUGGCAACAGUAAUCAAGGAAGUGUGACCCCCAGCUCCCAGCCUGCACCAGGAACACCAACCUGUGGCUCCCAGCCCCAAACCAAAAGAGUUCUACGCCGCUCCUCCAGCCGUGAAUGUGAAGCUGACCGCAGGCUGCUGAGCAAGCGGGCCUCCUUACCACCUAUGGCCCUGGAAAGGCUGGCCCCGCGUCAGCGCAGAGCCGAGGAACCAGCAGAUGAAGACUCAGCCGAUUAUGCGAUCAUGUCGAGAAGCACCAGCCGAGAGUCUUUUACUUCCACCUGCUCUUCCACACAGAAGGAAUCUGGCAUGAGUGCUGGGUCAGCAGGGGGAGGAGGAGGGUACUUGGAUGUGGCAGGGGAGUUUAAAACAGAAGGCAAUGGAGGAGCAGGUGGAAGUUUAGAUUUAGGGGUGGACAAUGGGUACAUGUCCAUGCUACCUGGAGUUACUCAGCCUCCAACAUCCCUUUCCCAGUCAUUGGCUGUUUCGGUUCCCGACUCAGAUUCCAAACCUGCUGAUGAUUACAUGGCCAUGACUCCUAAUAACAGCGUGUCACCUCCACAGCAAAUUCGACCUCCACCAACUUCUGAUGGGUAUAUGAUAAUGUCCCCUAAUAGCAGCUGCUCCCCUGACCAGCGUGGAGGUCUCUCUGGUGGGGCUUGGGUAGGCAGUGGCAGUGCAGACAGCAGGGCAGGCAGUGACUAUAUGAACAUGUCACCAAUUAGUGCACGGUCUGUAAAUGGCAGUCCCCCACCUCCUGAGCACACCUCACAUUUGGAGACCAGUCCACAACAACAUGGUCCCAAGAUGGUGUACUCUUACUAUUCUCUCCCCAGAUCAUACAAGCAUAGCCCCUCUGCUGGACACUUUGACGAUGGGCCUGGACGAGGCGUGAGGCCCAGUGGGAGUUCUAGGAGGGGAAUGGGUGGUGGUAAACCUAUCAGAGGGCUUCAGGAGCAACCAGCAGGGGGCAAUGCAGUGGUUGGACGCCACCUGUCUCUCUCCUCUUCCUCGUACUCCUCCAGCUCAGCUAGCAGUGAAAGCCUCGGUGAGAGCGAGGACCGAAAUACCCAAGCACUGAGUAAACUGACCGGGGGAGCUCAGUCCAAGGAUGGGAGUAAGCUCCAGCAGAGACGGGGCUCUGGUGGGUUGUCCAAGCAGGGUAGCUAUACUAGAAGCAGACCUGUGAGCCUGUUUGUUGAUGUAUCCAAAGCUAACACCCUUCCUAGGGUUCGCGAGAACCCUCUGCCACCAGAACCUAAGAGCCCUGGGGAGUAUGUAAGCAUUGAAUUCAAGGGGGAGAAGUGCAAUCCGACUGGGGUAGGAGGAGGUCGUGGCAGGGGUCUAAGGCAUGGCUUAUCACUGCCUCAUGGCUCAAGCAGCCAGCAGACUCAACACAAGCCAUCCUCUUCUUUAGGGAACUUUAUACCCCUUUCCCAUAGCCCAUCUACCCCCAUCAGUCCCCCAACUGCCUCUGAAUAUGUCAAUAUGGACCUAGGCCCUUCUCCGUCACCCUCACCCCUCUCUCUUACCCCACUAGUUUUCCCUUCUUUCCACACGCCUCCCACACCCCCAACGCUUGCUCAUGCCCCUAAACCCUGUAAUGAGGGUAAUACUGGACCUCGUGAAGAGGAGGUUGAAGUAGCUGAGGCCUCACUUAGGAAGAGCAGAGAAAGCGUUCCAUCAGUGACUGAGUCCGAGUCCCCUACAUCCUGCGGAGACUAUACAGAGAUGGCCUUCAGCUUGAAUAACAACACUGUCCCACGGUCAUCAUCCAGUGUCUCUCCCAAAGUCCCUUCUCCCAGUAGGGGUGAUUCUUCUGUGCUGUCACGGGGUCUAGACUUUCCCCUAGCCAAAAUCGGGCCCAACCCAGACCAGGGGGCUAAAGUUAUCCGGGCCGACCCCCAAGGACGCAGACGGCACUGCUCAGAAACCUUUCUUGCCUCAACUUCCCUCUCCACCUCUACCUCGACUUCUUCCUCAACUGUGUCUCUCUUUCCAGAACACCAAUCCGUGGCCCGCCGGCUGGGCUUUGACAGCAUGCUUUGGGGGAAUGGUGCUGUGUCUGAUUCCCCCGCUCAAUUUGCCCUUCCUGGACAGCAGUCUCUUCCCACAAACAGUCAAACUUCAUCCACAGAGCAAGGCCUUAACUACAUAGACUUGGACUUGGCCAACAAGGAGAGCCCCCAUCUGGGACUGGACGGGCCCUCGGGAAACCAGGCGCCAUCUCGCCUUUUCUCUGUACUGGGUUCUGGUUCUGGGGUGGGGCCAGUGGGUGCAUCAGUCAGCAGCAGCAGCAGCAGCUCUAGCCUGAACACGUACGCCAGCAUUGACUUCUACAAAUCAGAGGAGCUGCGGACGCACCAAAAUGGAAACAAGGAGGGAACUGAGUGCUGAUGUCAGUGCAUCGUCCCCGGGGAAAACACAAAGCUCCGCCUGUUCAUUUUGUGGCAACCUAUCGCAUCAAGAGAGCAGCUGGAUCCGAAGCGGUCUUCAAGCACUUUGACAGAGACUGAUGGAAAACUUUCUUUUUUUUUUUUUUCCCCUUUCUUUCCUCUUCGCUUUCAUCUGGUUGGUUGUGGAAACCAACAGGGACGUGUGCCAAAUGACAUUCUUAAAAAGCUAUUUGCUGCUCUCAUUCCUUGAGUGAAACCGAGUCCGAGAAGGGUACAAAAAUGGAGAACAGUGUUUUCUUUUUCUUUUUUUUCUAAUUGGAAAAGUUCUAAUCCUAAAGAGUGUAACGGUUGAUGAAAAUGAAAAUGUGUAGAAUUACACAUCUGCUCUAAAAGUGCCUCAUUUUCAGAUUGCAGCCAUUUUACAAAGAACUUCAAUGAAGCUUUGUGGGGUGUUUUUUUUUUGUUGUUGUUGUUAGUUUUUUGUGCUUGAUUUUAAUGUAGUUACAAAAAAAAAAAAAAGCGGGGAGCACUCGUGUGAGCUUUUACUGCAUUCAUGUCAUAAAGGAUAAGAUUUAAAGGUUUGCUGUGUGUUCACAGCAACUGUGUAGUUUAUGAUUACAGAGGUGCUCAUAUGUGGCUGAAAAACAUCACAUGUUUGGGCUCAUAUUCCCUGAUGUGAGUCUUCUAAGUUGUAUAAAAUAAAUAAAAACAUAUUGACAGUUCUGUGACGCUGAAAUGAAACACAGAAAAAAAUUGUGCACAGUAAAUCUGAUGUGACAUGAACGCAGCAAUUUCACUAAGGUCGCAGUCACACAAGCCUAGUUAGGGAAAAAUGAGUAUUCCACAACCAUCCAUCCAUCCAUCCAUUUUCUUCCGCUUAUCCGGGGCCGGGUCGCGGGGGCAGAAGCCUAAGCAGAGAAGCCCAGGCUUCCCU